AUGACAAAUUAUUAUGAAAUUUUAGGCCUUGAAGCCAAUGCAACGGAAGAUGAUAUUCGUAAGGCUUAUAGGCGUCAAGCUUUGAUAUGGCAUCCCGAUAAAAACGUCCAAAAUCGUGAGGAGGCUGAAGCCAAAUUUAAACUGAUCGCAGAGGCCUAUGAAGUAUUAAGCGACGUUGAUAAAAGGAGAAUAUACAACCAGUAUGGUGAAGAAGGCCUCAAAAACGGUGGUCCCACUUAUGAACAACGUCCAUUCCAAUUUCACGAUCCCCAAGAAAUAUUUCGACAAUUCUUUUCUGCGUUCCCAAACAAUGAUAUAUUUGGUGACCCUAUGUUCGGUAGUGCUAGUAUGUUUAGUAAUUUCCCCGCCUCUCAUCAUUUUUCAUCAACGUCGAGCUUUAGUAGCGGUCCGCAAUUUCGAUCACCAUUUGAUUCAUUUGGUUUCGGUGGAUUUGGAAACUUUCCAUCCUCAUCAUUUUCGAUGUCAACCAAUUCGUUUUCUAGCGGAUCCGGUAAUGGCGGGUUCAUUAAAAAAUCCACCUCUACACAAAUAAUUAAUGGGGUUAGAACAACGAUUACAAGAAUUGAGGAUGCAGAG